AUGGCCCCCUCUAACCGGGCGCCCGAGAUUACAGGCGCGGAGAUCCAGGCCUUGGCAGACGCCGUGAACGACUACGUUGACAACAACUUCUCGGCGAGCGAGCACCUCCCCGCGGAGCUGCAGAAGUUGUUGCGCCCGCUCGAGGUGGCUACUGGCCAGGGGGCGCUGCCCGUGCUCGCCAUGACGGCGGCCGCGAUGGCCGGCCUCAGCAACGGCGCCAACAUCCAGCUCUGGAACGCGGACGUCACCCCGCUGUCCGCGAUGGCGCUGUACGGGGGCGACGCGCAGCAGGGGAAGAGCCGCAUCGCUGCUGCCGUCUCGGCAAUGAUCGCUGCUGCCGACGAUGAGAUUGCAGCGGUCGUGCAGGAGCGCCUCGAUUCCGCAGAGCCGCCUGCAGGCUUUGCCGCGGAGGUUUGGGAGAGCAAGAAGCCGCGGCAGGUCACGGUGAAAACCAUUGGAAUGCAGGACUUCACUCCCACUGAGCUCUUCGCCCGGUGCUCGGGGGACUGGGGUCAGAUCGAGGGCCGCUUUGGCCGCAACGCUGCGCGGGCGAAGGGCCGCGGGGAGGUCAAGGAACAUGACGUGCUUUCAGCGUGGGCGCCACGCGCCUGGUACAGCACGAUGGUGAACCUAGACGAAGCCUACAGUUUUCUUGGCCAGAUCGGCCUCACCACCAGCGAAGUCCGCGGCGGGGCUGCCAGGGACACCGCGCCGUCCCAGCACGCCUCAACGAUCAACACCCUCAUCGGCACGGGCAAGCUACAGCGUGACACGAGAACCAGCGGUUCGUACGGCAGCGUUGGAUCUCCUGCUGUCAAUGUCGCCAUCAUCGGCACUUGGCACUGGAAGAUGCUGAUGGCCGUGGAGAGAGGGCACGUCGGCAACCACGUGGCGGCCACGAAAGAGCGGAGCAUUUAUUGCGCUGGCCCGGCCACCAAGCGCCACGAGCCUCUCCCCGCUGAUUACGACAUGCCGCGCGAUAGAGAAGGGGCCAUUUGCCCUCGCUGGACGUGGCUGCCGCUGACGGCAAGAUUGGCGGACAGCUUCGGCUGGAGCGCAUACUACCAGGAGCCUGCUCUCGCUGAGGAGGUCUUGAAGCCAGGGCCCGAGGACGAGGCCGAGGGCGAGGCGCGCCCCCUGAGCGCGAGCUCCGGGACCCAGCCCGUCGUGACGUUCAUUGGGCCUCAGCAGGGGUUCAGGGUCCACCUGCCAGACGGCGUGGAGGUGCGCCUGCGGUAUCAGUUCACCGAUGGGGCCAUGCAGACGCAGUGCCGGAUUUCCGCGAGGUGGAUGCUGCCAUCGCCGUACACGGCGCUGGUCCCGGGGGUGCGGCGCGUCAUCGGCUACUUCAAGAACAGACCUCACUUCGCCAUCCCGUUUGACCCGGCGGCGCGCGAACACCUCCUCGGAGCGCAGCUUGAGCAGAGCCUCCUCGCCAGCGCGUCCCGCGGGGAGGACGGGCCCGGCGAGGCCCAGCACGGGGCGGCGGCUGGCCAGAUUGGCGUGUGGGCCGGGCUCGUGCGCAUCCUGCGCGUGGCAGCCGCCGACUCAGACCCUGCAGAGGACAGCAUCAAAAUCGAUACUGAGGAUGUCGAUUUGAGCCAGCAACCCAAACUGUCGAGGCGAGGCCUGUUUGCCAGGCGCCCGCCUGACAUCUCCAAGUUCAUGGUGGGAGCGUGCAAGCAUGACGGCUGUCGCUGGGGCAAGGACGGCGGAGCUACGCUCACAGCGGCUACAAUCUGCACGUUGUGCAACACGCUGCUGCUCGGAGUGUUGCCCGCAGAGCCCAAACGCCGAGCCGUCGUGAGGUUGCUGCGUGGCCUGCCAGCCGCUGCGCAGGCGAGCCCAGAGUUGGCCGCCACCGCGCGCGCGGCCGUGGCCCCGGCGAGCGCGGAGAAGACCAGGCCCGCGGAGCGCGGGACAGGGUGCCAGCUGAGCAAGACCGACACCAAGGGCGACAACGACCAUAGUGCGCCGGGAGGCGAGGGCGCGCCGAAGGAGACGCCGGAGGGCCACAGUGGCAGCUGGUGGCGCGGUGGUGGAUGGGCCCCGCAGUCCACCGCCACGCGGCCCAGGGGGCCCGCGCAAAACGCGCAGGAGGACCAGCGCAGCAAGGGCGACAGCUCGGGCGGCAGCUGGUGGCGCGGCGGCUGGAACGCCGCGUGGUCGAACACCUCGCGGUCGGGCGCCGAGUGGGGCCAGGUGCCCCUGGGAUGCGCAUUUUCGCCGCGGAACCUGCGCUGUCCGACGCAGGGGUGGCAGGAGUGGCAGUCCUCGGCGCAGACGCAGGGGGCCUGGAAGAAGCGCAAUCACUGGGGCUGGCAGGGGGAGGAGGGCGCGGACUGGAAGCGGCAGAAGUACUGGGAGAAGGAGCCCGACGCAAAGGAGCGAGGCCGCGAGCAGAUGUCGGGGAACCGACCGGAAGAGCAGGGGUGGCAAACGGCCGGAGACCGGGGGCUGGGCCAGACGGAGCGCGGCCGCGAGCAGAAACUGGAGCAGAACGUGCAGGAGGUGCAGCGACAGACGGACGCGGAGCAGGGGCGCAAGCAAGAGGACCGCGGCCCCCAGCAGGACUCGGCAGACAUGGAGAAGAACGAGGGCCAAACGGACGCCGUCGAGAAGGGGGGGAAGAAGCGGGACCCGUACGACCACGUGUCAGGCGACGCUCUCCAGGAGACCCAGGAGGAGGCCGACUUCAACGCCGAGAUGCGGUCGUGGCUCGACGAGACGGCAUGGGGGCAGAGCAAGACCCCGAAGAACGGGCAUCUCGUCUGGUUUCACAUCGACUUGCAGGAGUCGUUCUGGCAGAAACCCACCCCUGCAGAGCUCGCCGAGCAGAAGACGAAGGACGAAAUCGUCGUGAAGGCGGCGAAAAUCUUUCUCCGGGGAGGGGGUGCGCAUGGAGCGGCCAUGGCGGGGCGCGUCGGCAUGAGCGAGCAGGAGGUGAAGGGCCGGUACGCUGUUCUGCAGGCGGCGGCGAAGCGCAGGGAGCAGAGGCAGGGCCAUCGGCGUCAGAAGUUGCUCGGGAUCUGA